ACCUGGCUCAUUAUCACCUAAAAUCUUCAUUUUUCUCCUACUUUCUUUUUGCUGUUGUUCAUUAUAUUAUCUAUCUGUAUUUUAUUUUACUCUUCUAUACUCUAGUAUUCAGAGCUAGGCCUAUAAUGAUUCUAUCGCAGGCCUUAUUUGAAAAGAAUCAAUAAAGAUAUAAACAAAAAAAAACUCUUUUACUUCUAAAUUUUCUCUGUAGCUCAAAUGAAAACAAAUAGACAAAACGACGAUAGAAUAGAAUCUGAAAGAAGCAUAGUCAUUCAAAAAUCAAUAAUCUGCCAGAGAAGAUUUCGACAAAAGCUAAGGACGAUCAUACAGCUCGCAAAAAAGUUUGUUUAUUUAUUGUUUUCAGUUUGUAGAAGGCAGUCGCUAUUACCAUUUGAUCGCAUUCAUCGCCUCUCCUUAGUUGGCGUCGAUAUGCGCAUUUUCAAAAACAGAUAUUUUAAAGGACUGUGAAUUCCUGCUCUCUGAAGAACACAUGUGGUUUACGUUCUUCAGAAAGCUGGGGAAGAAAAAUGAAUUUAAUUAUCCUCCAAGUUACGAUUACAAACUAUACUUCUAAACAAGGUAGUCACACGGAAUGGAAAACUAAUUUUUUCUUGUAUUUCUAAGCAAUUAAUUGCAUCGAAAACAAGUUUUGAGUCUUUAACUUUACAUAUCUAACAAUCAGUUUUAUUUAAGAGUUUUGUACUGAAAUAUUCAAAACUAAAGAGAAAAAAUCUUUUUGUAAACUAAAAGGUUAAAAAAUAUUAAUCAGAUAUGUUCAGAUUUCUCUUUGUAUUUAUUUCUUGGUUUUUAUUUAGUUUAUUUCUAUAUAUUUUCUCAUGGAUAAAUGUGAUAUUUUAAUCUCUCUUCCGCUCCACUUUGUUUUUAAAUGUAAAUAGAGUUUGAUUUUCUUGUUAUUUUGUAACGGUUUUUGUGACAUUAAGCUGUUAUUGUGGUCGAAAUAAAAUAAGUACAUUCACUAAAUCAUCAUUUGUAAUGAAUCUAUGUUUGCCCCUUUGUUCUUCUUAAAAGAAAAAGUUAGUCAAUCAUAUAUGUAAAUAGUUUCCGUCUUGUACUAUUUAAUAUUUGAACGUUGUUUUGGACAGUUUAGCAUUGAUGUUGCUGUUAUCUCUAUAAUCAUUUCAUCAUAUCGAUUCUGUUUUCAAUCAUAAUGGAAAAUGCUCAAAUGAUAGAGAAUUUAAUUCCCUAUUAAACUAUUGAUUUUAUUUUGAAACUAGUUUUGAAUCAUCGCUGUGGAAAUAAAAAUACUAAAAUACGUUUGGCUGUCAGAGUUAUAAUGAAAGACUACUCGAUCGACCCGAUAGCACUUAAUUCCAAAUUUAAACUUUUUUCUUAGAAAAUCGAAGGCUCUAUUUCAAACUCAUUCAUUUCCAUAAAACUUUCUAUGGCACAAGUCCCUUUGCACAUCAUUAAUUUCUUUUCACUCAUUUUGGGUAUGAGAGACAGGUUAUUACUACACAUUUUUAUACAAAAGCUUCAUCUUCUUUCUUAUCCCUCACCUCUAAGCAGUGGAAUGGUCUUUCUCCUUCAAUAGCACACACGGUCAAUUUAAAUGUAUUUCAAAUGCUUCUCAAAAAUCAUGUAAAUUAUUUUUAGUAUGUACAUGCUCUUUCUGCUAUUCUUGUGGCAUAUAAGAACUAUUGUUGUUCUUUCUCUUUUUCUCUCACUGUAUUGUGGUUCAUUUUUUCUCUCUCAUAUAUUAUGUAUUAUUUAGUAUAGUAACGUAUAAGAUUUUCUAAAAUAACAUUUCUGUUAUGGAUAUACCACUGAAAUUAAGUGAGAAAAGAUAUCUUUAAUGAGUGUACUAAAAGUUUGCUUAAAUUUAAAGGAAAAUUGUAUCCAUCGUUACAAAUAGUUAUUUGGAGCAAAUGUUGUUAUUCCCACCGUAUAAUUAGGAUACCAAAAUAAUUUUGGUAAGGGAGAUAAAUAUAAUAGAAAUAUUUACAUCGUAGUUUUUUUUCAACCACCAUUAGAAUUUGAAUUAGCUUCGAACGAACGUGAAAUAUCAUAAUUAGUUAUUGAUGCUCAGAAAUUACAAGCAACAUUAAUUAAAGUUAAAAAAACUUCAUUUUCACAAAUUUCUGAUCUUGAAUCAUUAUUAAGUACGAAAGAGAAAACAAUUCCACAUUUAGAAGAGAAAUUACAAACACAAUCAGAUUAUGAUGAAAUUAAACGUGAAUUAAGUAUAUUAAAAUCAGUCGAUAAUAUCAUUGAUAAAACAUCAGAACAACCUCUGUCAUUGCUAACGCCAAAAACAUUUUUUUCACCAUUAUUGUUAAACAGAGUCAAAAAUGAACCAGCUAUAAAUGAAAAUAAUCAAUGUUUAUUAUCUUCUAUACCAUCACUAUUGACACAACAACAACAACAACAAAAAUUGACAAUAUGUAAUGAUAAUUAUCGAAAUUGGCUAAUGUUAAAUGGAAUUGUACGUAACAUCGAUUUAUUGAAUCAAUUAAAUGGAAUGAAAAAUGAUGAGAAAAAAUGCAUGACGAGAUGA